UUUAUAUGGAUUUAACCCUUAUUUUAAACAACAAAACAAAUACAUAAAUGCCUUCUAUUUGAGACGGCCCAAGAGAAUCCUAAGGGCUCCGAUCUGUGAAAAAGGGGAAAAGUUGCAGAGCAAAAGAAAAGAACUCCAAUGGUGUGCGAGAAGUGUCAAAAGAAGCUGUCGAAGGUGAUCGUGCCGGAUAAGUGGAAGGAAGGUGCCAGCAACACAAACGAAAGCGGUGGCCGGAAAAUUAACGAGAAUAAACUCCUCUCUAAAAAGCGAAGGUGGACUCCUUAUGGAAAUACUAAGUGCAUCAUUUGCAAGCAGCAAGUGCACCAAGACGGCAAGUACUGUCACACUUGUGCUUAUUCCAAAGGUGUAUGUGCAAUGUGUGGCAAGCAAGUGCUCGACACCAAGCUUUACAAGCAGAGCAAUGUAUAAUAAGGAAGGGGCAUUAGCUGUUCUUCAAGUAGAUACCUUAGUUCCUCUUUGUUAUUGACAACGCAUGAAUAUGAUCGCGAAGGCUGUAUAAGAUUGUCAAUGUUAAUGUUUAUCUUGCAUACUCACCGGUCUUCUUUCUGGUCAUUUGUAUUUCAUUUCCUUCCAUGGUUUUUACUAGCAAAUGGAACCCUUUUAAUUUACUAUGCUA